GAGAGGGAGCGCGCGCGAGUGGGAGCCUGAGCCUGAGGAAAGGAGGAAAGACUGAUAAAAAAUGGUGACAUUAUUUUUGUUUUCACUGUUUAUUCACACCCAGUAGGUUUGAGUUUGAACCCAGCAGCGAAGGGUGAGGCGCCUCCCUCAAAACAUUCGUGUUAUGUAGUCUUCAGAACCUCUCCUGCUUCGUUUGUGUGGGUUUUCGUUUUCUAUUUUACCUGUUUGGAGUUGAAAAGAAAGAGAAAAAAAAAAGAAAUAAACGUGAAGGAAGGCCACUAAACGGAACGAGGGCUUUCGGGGGGAAAAAAGCAGGGAUUAUAUCGCCUUUUUCAGAUAAACACUGAGGAACAUAUAAGAGGCUCCCUUAAAAAUAGCGCUCCGCAGCCGAAGGAGAACGGACGAGCAGAACGAUGGACUGAUCGUGACAACAUGAAAAAGAAAAAGUGUGGCGGAAUAAGGUGUCCCUGCCGUCGAGUGCACGCCUGAGAGCAUCCAGACUGAGGAGAGAAGAGUCGAGGAGGAGGUGGAGAACACACCCAAACCUGCUGGAGUUCCCUGGUUGCCAUGGAUCCCCCUCCCUCCUUGAGUUUGUCCCUUCUUGCCGGGAGCGAGGAAGAAGAUCAGCGCCCUCCCCUCCCCUUGAGUGGCAUUUCCCAUGCCUCAGUAGCUGGCAACUACCCCGGCAACAGCCACUCCAACCACACAGGCGGGACUAGCAGCCUGGAGCGCCUCAACGGGACUCCGUCGCCCAGUGGCCCGAGCUUUCCCCCGGCAUCCCUGCCCAAGCUGCCCUUGGCCACGACACCCCAGUUACCCACACCCAUUCCUAACGCUUUGCACCCCACCAGCACCCCACUGUCCUCUUGCCUGGGAAGCCAGCACAGCCUGAGUGGGGAGGGCCCACCAAUCUACAACGCCCUCUUCUACUCCUCACAUUCCCCGUCAUCUGAUCGUGAGCGGGAACGGGACAGGGAGCGGGAUAGGGGCUGCAAACACAGGCAGGCGAGUCCCCUGGUCCACCGGCGAGACAGCAACCCCUUCACGGAGAUCGCCAUGAGCUCGUGCAAGUACAGUGGCGGUGUGAUGAAGCCGCUCAGCCGCCUCAGCGCCUCGCGACGGAAUCUCAUUGAGUCGGACAGUGGCAGUGACACCAAAGAGGGCGGAAGCGGGGCCGCCAGCGGGCAGGGGGCAGCCCCGGCCCCCUCAUCUGCCUCCUCCCUGCAGCACCACGGACAGAACCCGCAGCAGCAGAACCCUCCCGAAAUCGUCAUUUCCUCCAAAGAGGACCCUCCCUACGGAAACGUGUACGAACUGGAGCCUUCAGCCAAUCAGAUGUCCAUCUACCACCAGAACCACACCCUCUCUGAGAGCAGGGGCACUCUGGGGCAGUCCGGUAGCGGGAGCAACGGACGACGAGGGGGUGGAGCCGGCACUGGGAGGACGGCCCUGAAGGCUCCGAAGCGUAAGAACCAGAACAUCGGCUACAAACUAGGUCAUCGGAGGGCGCUGUUUGAGAAGAGAAAGAGACUCAGCGACUAUGCGCUCAUCUUUGGCAUGUUUGGCAUCGUUGUCAUGGUGAUUGAGACAGAGCUGUCCUGGGGCGUGUAUAGUAAGAGUUCCAUGUACUCUCUGGCGCUGAAGUGUCUUAUCAGCCUGUCCACCAUCAUCCUCCUCGGCCUCAUCAUUGCUUACCAUGCUCGAGAGGUGCAGCUCUUCGUCAUCGACAACGGGGCAGAUGACUGGCGCAUCGCCAUGACGAUGGAGCGGGUACUGUUGAUCGCGCUGGAGCUGCUGGUGUCGGCCGUGCACCCGGUGCCGGGCGACUUCAAGUUCGUGUGGCGCGCGCGCCUGGCCUUCACCUAUAUCCCCUCGCAGGCGGAGGCAGACCUGGACAUGGUGCUGUCCGUGCCCAUGUUCCUCCGACUCUACCUCAUCGCUCGCGUCAUGCUCCUCCACAGCAAGCUCUUCACGGAUGCCUCCUCACGAAGCAUAGGGGCCCUUAACAAGGUGCACUUUAACACACGGUUUGUGAUGAAGACCCUGAUGACUAUCUGCCCAGGCACGGUGCUGCUAGUCUUCAGUAUCUCCCUAUGGAUCAUCGCGGCCUGGACCGUACGAGUGUGUGAGAGGUACCAUGAUGCUCAGGACGUGACCAGCAACUUCCUGGGAGCCAUGUGGCUCAUCUCCAUCACCUUUCUCUCCAUCGGCUACGGAGACAUGGUGCCUCACACCUACUGCGGCAAAGGAGUGUGCCUACUGACCGGCAUUAUGGGCGCAGGCUGCACAGCGUUGGUUGUUGCCGUGGUAGCAAGGAAGCUGGAGCUGACCAAGGCCGAGAAGCAUGUGCACAACUUUAUGAUGGACACGCAGCUCACCAAACGGAUAAAGAAUGCGGCGGCCAAUGUUCUCCGGGAGACCUGGCUCAUCUACAAACACACAAAGCUGAUGAAGAAGAUCGACCACUCUCGCGUCCGCAAGCACCAGCGGAAGUUCCUGCAAGCCAUUCACCAGCUGAGAAGUGUAAAAAUGGAGCAGAGAAAGCUCAGUGACCAGGCCAACACACUUGUGGACCUAUCAAAGAUGCAGAGCGUUAUGUAUGAGCUGAUGUCGGAGCUGAAUGACCGCAGUGAGGACCUGGAGCGGCAGAUGUUGAGUCUGGAGCGGCGGGUGGAGCAGCUGACAGCCGGAUUCAGCGCACUGCCCGCCCACCUGUCGGCCACACUCAGUGCGCAGCACGCCGCGCUCGUCCACCUGCUCCAGGAGCGAGACGCCAAGGCCCUUAGCCCUGUCACGCCUGCUCCACUCCUUACACCUGCCCCUGCCCCUGCCCCUGUCCCGACAACAACCGUCCAAGCAGCAACCUCCAAACCCCCUGCAGAGGACAGCCCCAACACCAGCACCUCCAGCUGCUGAGAGAGGGGCAGAGCCUCAGCCAAGCUGGGGAGAAAUGCAUGGGCGUUUGAGUGUGGAGUCUGGAUGAAAGAAAUGUGUGGGCGCGAGAACUCAGAAGUGUGGAACCUGGCUUAGAGAGCGAGGAUGGGGCCUCAACCAAGCUAGGAAAAAGUGCAUGGGUAUUAAGAUGUGGAAACUGGCUAUGGAGGGGUGUGGAGGGUCAGAGCUUUGGCCGAGCUAGGGAGAGGUAUAGGUAUCAAAGGAAUAGCUUAACCAAAUGUUGCUAACAUGGCUAACAGCCAAUGACAGCUACACUAUGUCCAAAAGACAGUAGAUGUUGGAACAUUGUUGUAAGGAUUUGAUUGCAUUCAGCCACAAGAGCGUUAGAGAUGAGGUCAGUAUUAAUGUUGAAUGAUUAGGUAUUGGAUGGAGCUCUAUCACUGCAGUGCUCCACAGCCCAAUGCUGGGGGGCUUUUUACCCCUCUUGACCCUUGGCGUUGAGCAUGGUGCUCAUUUGUGGCUCCCAUUUUACGGUCAGUGCUUUUCUAUGGAGGCUAUACAAGCUGUGUGCAAUUGAAAGCCUGCAUCAGCAAUGGGGUGCACCUCAAAGUCGCCAAUUUCACUUGUGGACAUAGUGUAGUAGCCACCAAUUAGUAUGAUUCUAUUUGCUUGCUAACACUAAUUCCUGGCUAUUUGCUUUCAUUCAAUGUUAGCAGCAUUAGCUUUGCUGGCUGAGCGAUUCCUUUACGGUGUGGAACCUGGCUGAGGGGGAAAGAGCGGGGUGCUCAGCCAAGCUGGGGAGGAAUGUGAGGGUAUUAAAGCAUGGAAAAUGGAUAAAAGAGAGAGAGGAAUCGGGUUCGGAGGAGCGAAGAGAGGUUGUGAACGAAGUAAUGAAUUGCAGGGGGAGAUAAGAAGGUGAUGAGAGGGAAGGUGUAGGGAGGUGGGAGAGUGAGUGAGGGAGCACGAGAGAGAGAGAUAAGAGGCAGUAAUUAAAUGAAUGGCAAAUACUUUAAUGGAAUCUGCACUAAUUAGAGGAAAAUGCGUUUCUCCCUCCAUCAGGAAAACUAACUGCAGUGACUUUGUAUCUUUACAACGUAUUUUCUAUCUAACUGCUAAUUGUGUAUUAACGAGCAUCCCUUUAACGAGAGUUCUAAUCAAUACCACAUAACUAGUGGCACUCGGCACGAAACACGAAAUAACAACAAAAAAAAACCUCGACACACAGACACACGUGAUGCCUGCCCUUACAGACACAGGAUACAGGAUCUGCACGCGCCCCUAAGGCCCCAGUGCAAAAACACUGUGUGUCAGAGGCAUACACACACACACACACACACACACAUACAGACACUCGAAUGAUGCACUAAAGCCACAUGGAACACUGCCAGACAGCUCGUUCCUCAAGGAGAAGACGCUUACCUGUGCAGGAACGCUAUGAAGAAACUGCCAUACUUCAUGUAAUUCCACAUGGAAGACGAUAUACACUGUUAUCAUGAAUGUAUACAUCCAAGAACACAUGCACUCUCUUACUGUCUGUCCUGCAUACAAACAUACAUAUAUACAUACAUACAUACAAACAUACCCUCACUGGCCACCUUGUUUGGUAGAACUACCUUGUAUAUAUAGUCAUUGUCCAUUUUAUCGAGUCAACUUACCAUAUUGAUGCUCUUUAUAGUUUUAUAAUCAGGUUUUUUUUGCCCUUUUUCACCCUGUUCUUCAGUGGUCUGAAGAACCACUGAGCAAGUAUUAGUCGGGUGGUGGAUCAGUGGCAGCACUGCAGUGACUCUGACGUGGUACUGGCAUUGCAGUGAGUGUGUGAGCUGAACAGAGUGGAUCACAACAGUGUUGCUUGAGUUUUCUGUCUUUUGUGGCGCUUUCAUGCUGGACGCACUUUCAUGAACCUCUUGGGACCCAAUGUACAUGUGUGAGAGUUUAAAAUGCAGUACAUGCAGUCCAUGUUAUAACUGUGUUAGCUGGACUGUAGAAUGUUUUGUCUGCGUCACUGAACUUUCAUUCUGUUUUGUCUCAAGCUUGCUGACUGCUUCAUUAUUUCACUCCCUCUUUUUAUGUAAGAUUUGAGCAUUUGGAGACCUCUCUGGCAGAAUUAUGUAAUUGCCUGCAACAAGAAUAUUUUGCAGUGUGGGUUGUGCUUUGGGCCUUGACAAGUGGGGAAAAUCUGACUUUUGCAGGUGCGUUGAAAGAGUGGACGGAGAAAAUUAGUCAAACUUGGUGAAGGACGUGAUGUGAGCAAAUGAUCUAUUGCUGUCAACAUAUCUUCAUCAGUAUAAUGUUGAUUUUGCAUUUGAGACCUAAACAUUGUGUCAGACCUUCUUUUUGAGCCUUUUAAUACAUGAAGAUAUAUCAUGUACACCAAAAACCUUCCGCCGAAUCUGUCCCAGUCCCUCUGACUUUUAAAUAAUUCUUUUAGGCCUUAUAGGCAGACUUGCAGUAAUUAUCAGUAAUGCUACGUCUUUCAGUUUUAACAAGAACAUAGUGCUGCUUUAAAUACGGCACCUGUUAAGCAAGUUUUUAGUGGGCAGAGGCCAGAAACAUCCAUCUAUCCAUCCAUUUUCCAAGCCGCUUCUCCCUCAGGGUCACGGCAGAGUGCUGGAGCCUAUCCCAGCGGUCAUCGGGUGGAAGGCAGGAUGGCCAGAAACAUACUUCACAUAAGUAAUUUGGAUGCUUCAAGCUAUGCAUUUUCACGCGGUAGCUUUCUAAAAUAUGUCACAGUGCAAUUCAUCACUGCCAGUGCUAGUUGCAUUCUAAGUGUUAGGGCAAGGGGCAUCAAAGCAAAAGCCAUACCUAGCCAAUCACAUAAACAUACACUUGAUGUAUGAUCACCUCUUUAUUCGGAUAGAACAGUCAACAGCUCACACUCCUGUACUGUCUGCAUGUUUAGUUGUUGUGGAUGUUGGAAUGGAAAUAUGUUUAGGCCUAAGGUUAAAUGUCAAAUGUCUCCCUGUUCUCUGUGUAGUGCACUAUGCAUGUCAUGAAGCAGCUUCUAUAUCCAAAAAGUGCAUUGAAUAUCAAAUAGAAAGCCAUUAGUCUCAGCCAUUAGCUGGAUAAUUCCCUAUCUAACAUUUAGAGCACUGUUUGGUUAUAGAAGCCAAGCCGUAGUUUCAAGAUCUAUGUUGUGCACUUUAAAGGAAAGAAGGAGCCAUUUGAGAUUCAGCUGUUGUUAACUGAAUGUUAAAUUUAGUGUUGUGGUGGCAUCAUGGCACAUUUGCAUCUGACUCUGGUGUCACCAACCAAAAAAUAUCCAGCAAGCAGAAUCCUGUGGCCAGCAACUGACCACUGACGAAGGACUAGUACAGGGGUCGGGGGGCCAAAUGUUAAGAAGAGCCGUUUUGUCCUUUCAACAUCCAACCAUGUUGGGAGCCACAAUGUUUUAUGUCCGUUUUUCCACCUCGGCUGUAAAUAUGUCUCAGUAUGUGCUAAUAUAUUAGUAUAGGAUAAAAAAAUAUAUAUUUCGAAUUAUAUAUUUCGAAUUAUAUAAACGAAGACACACUUACUUUGCUCUGCUUUAUGCUUUAGCUCAGCUACAGCCACUUUUCUCGCAUCUCCAGCAGGAAACCUUUUCUCAGAAGUGAAUUCGUUUUUUGUAAUAUGUCUCAUUUGAUUUUGUACGAGGCUUAAGUUGCUUCUCAUUGGCCAGCUUCUUAUUCAUGUUUUCCCGUUCCACCUUAAAUGGUGCCAGAGGCGCCAGGAUGUACUGCUGCACCAUUUAAGGUGGAACGGACAGCUUUGCAACUUUUUAGCGUUUGACAGUUG